UGGAUGAAUCGCAACAGUCAGCAUCCACUGGAAGGUUUUCAAUCCUGGAGACAUGUGAAAGAAAGGAAUGGCUGCCACAGGCGAGAUAAAUUUCAUUCGUUUCUGAGAUCAUACACUUAUUUGGUUCUAAAUAUCAAAUGUUCGUGUGUGUUUGUAUGUACGUGUGUUUAUAUGUACGUGUAUAUAUGCGUCCAUGCGUGUGCGUGUGUGUGUGUGUGUUUUCCGGAUCUCUGCGUUGCUAAACGUUUAUCGUUAACACUUUAGAUUUAUUUACACGCUAAUUGUGUUGAUGCUUCCAUAUAUUUAUUUGGUUGUAUCAUCGUCUCUAUUAUUUCGCUAAUUUUAUUAUUUCAUUAAUUUUAAUAGCUGUUUUUUUUAAGUAUUUUUCCCCGAUUUUUUUAGCUCUCUUUAAAAAAGCAAUAUUUUGUAACGUCUUUAACUAAUCAAUCAAUGAAAUCUGACUGUAUGUAAUUUUUAAUUAACUUACACUGUUAGUUGAUGUUUUUAACUGGGUUGAUUGAAAGCAGAAUGAAUCAUUUAAUUGUCUCAAGAAAUGUUUUCUUGAUAGGUUUCGUUUGCUUUGCUGUUUCUGUGUUUCCGAUAAUUUUCACGCUUCAAAAGGCCAAAUUCAAAUUUGGCCUUUUGAAAAACAAAAUCGCACUUCCGUUUUUCAUUUGGACGAAACUGCAAAUAUUUGUUUUGCAAGUGUCGAUGUCGCGAGAAGUUUUCAUUUUAUUUGCAAUUUUGACAUUUAAUUGGUUAUAUUAAUUUUUUUAAGAAAUAAUUUCAUAAAAAUUUUAAGGUAAAGGCGUCGUUCGAAACGUGUCACCUAAUUUAUUAUGAGUUGUGGGACUCCAUGAAAUGCGCUUUUACAUUAAAAUCAGAUGUUCAUAUUGUUCAUUUCUCUAAGAGUUUCGUUUACUUACCACUUCAAAAUGUCCGCUGCAGCAGGCGGCGAGCAAGCAGAAGCGUCUAACGAGGUUAACAAGCAACUGACAUCAAAACCGAAUCCGUCAACAUCAUCAUCGCUGGUGACAGGCCAACAACAAAAACCUUCUCUUCUCCAGCCACCCACUUGUGAUGCUGCUAGCUCUACUACUACGAAUUCGUCUGCAAAUGCGCCGCCUGUCGUUCAACCUCAAAGCUCUUCUACAUUAGAUGCCCAUUCACUCAAGCAAAUUCAACAACAGCAACAAUUAGAAUUUUUCGAUGCUUCCAGUGAUUUCAAUAAGCAGAAAAAAAGUUCAUUUCAGAUAACGAAAAUUAUAAGUGUGAAACAAGAAGGUAAGAAGGAUGAAAAUCAGGAUGAUCUUGAUGAAACAACGAAUACAGAAGAUCUGAGUCUGGAUGUCUCUAGGACAACAGAUGUUGAACAUGAGCCUUCAUCAGCCAGCACAGUUCACAGCCCUGGGGGUACAGAUGAUGCUGUUUGGUCUGGUCUAAUACAUUCGAUCCCCGACAACCCCAACCAGACGGCCAUUUUAGGCAGUCAUGUUGCCACAUCAAAAUCAAAAACAUCUCAAGAUUCAAGAUCUAGAUUCAAAAUAGUGAAAUUAGAGAGUCAAGAUAGACUGAAGAGGGGCAGGUGGACGUGCACAACAUUCUCAGAUCCCAGUGAUACCUCUGAUAAGUCAAGAAACAAAGGUGAGCAGCUGAAUAUGACAGAUUCUAUAUACUACAUACCACCAGCUGUUGAUGAUCACAACACUGCAGUCUUUGCACCUAUUGUAUACACGGAAGGCCAUCCUAUUCUGAAAAUGCACGGACCACUGUUAAACAGUAAGCAACAGAUCUUAGAUGAUAUCGAGAUGUUGCCUUGUUCUACUACCAAUGAGGUUAUAGAUUCAAUUCCGCUGACAACAACUACAUCUACAAAUUUUAAUUUAGAUUCUUCAAACAUUUCUAGAGAUGUAUUACCGCCAAGCUUACUAUCUGAUCCUGAUGGUAAGCAGCCAGAAAAAUUUUUACCUCCAGCUCCUAAUUUAGAAAAUUUUCUGCAAUCUGGGGGUGUAACUCUGGCACCUAAUUCAAGUUUAGUAGAAGUCGUCAUCUUAAAAGCGAUGCAAGUUUCUCAGGAAUUAAACAACAGUAGACGUGAAAAAAAAAUUUUGGCUCCGUCAUUCGUCGCCGCCGCCGCCAUCUUGAGGAAAUAUUUUACAGUCCUUGUACUGAACGAAAAAAUUAUCACAUCAAUGCCUCAGGCUGCUAAUGGUUGA